AUGGUAGACACCCAUGAUGACGACCAAAAAAUUCUAAAAGAUCUUGUCAAUGCUAACCUGCUCGAAGUUGAUGAGAAUGAGCAAUUUGUGAAGUUUCAAGAUCUGGAUAAGCAUAUAUUAGUGAACUUAAUUUUUCAACUCGAGGAAAGUCGUGUGUUUCUGAUGCGGGGUGGCUUGGAUUUCACAGAGCCACCAGAGGUUGAGGAAUGGGAGAGUGCAAAAGAGGCAUGUUUGAUGCAAACAAGGAUUUCUGAGCUCCUGGAGGAACCAAGAUUGAUAUCGCCAGCAAUUGGAAGGCUCAAGCAGCUGGAGGUAUUUGAUCUUGAGGGGACGAAGAUUACGAAUCUUCCCAAGGAAAUUGAAAGUUUGAUUAAUCUGACUUGUUUGAUAAUCUCAAUUUCUGGAACUGAACCUUCAAAUGAGUAUAAAACAGUGAUUCCUCAUGGGGUAAUAUCUUCUCUAUUGCACUUGGAAGAACUUAAUCUCGAUGUGGAUGCCGAUGUUGAAUGGUGGUAUACAUGUGCUGAAGGUGUUGUAUCUGAAGUUUGCAACUUGAAAAGGCUAAGCACUAUCAAGUUCUCCUUUCCUACAUUGGAACUUUUGAGGCAGUUUAAUCAGCUUAGGAAAUCAAUGGAGCAUCCAUAUUUAGCUCAAAUUAAACUUCUCAUUGGCAAUCAUGCUAACCGCAUCAUGAAUCGGCUACCAUCGGAUGUUGAAUUCGGGCUGGAACGGAGCAACCGAUACCUGAGGUACAUAACUGGUGACGGUGUCUUCAUAGAUAUUAAGGACAUCCUGCAACAAUCAGAUGGCUUUCUUAGAAAGUGUAAUGAGCUUGAAGUGCUCAAAGAUGCAUAUGAUACCAUGCAUCAAGAGGCUUUGACUGAAUCUCACUGCAAAAGCAUCUGUCUUGAAUCGAUCAAAUAUGUGUACUACAUGAGAAACUCGAGGAACAUUUGGAAGGGCUCAGUGCAGAAGGGAUGUUUGUCUUCUCUCAAGUUAUUGACAUUGUGUAAAUGCCCCGAGUUGACUAUUAUUUUCUCCCUUGAGAUGCUUGGUAAUCUCAACAAUUUGGAGGAGGUCACAAUUGAGGACUGCCCAGCCAUUAAAAGCCUACUUACCUGCCAAACUUCUACUGGCAAAGUCCGUGAGACGUCUUAUUUCCUCCCUAUUUUGAAGAAGUUGUCCCUCCAUUAG